CACAAACCGACGAGGUAGCCGGAUUACGUCGUAAAGCUGCUUUACAAACACUGAACUCACAUAUUUUCUAUUAAAGGCGCAUCCUCUUAACUUCACGAUGCCUGAGUCUCGUCUAAAAUCCAUACAACCACGAUCUGAAUACAUCCCAAGCAAAAUCUCGCUUUCAUACUCUCGAGACAAGAACAAAACAUCUCACCCUAAUUCACAAUAUGUCUGCGAUUCGUAAAGUUGUUAUCACUGAAUUUGGCGGUGUUGAUGUCCUUAAAGUGGUUGACGAUGUAUGCGAGCUUCCUCCCCCUGGACAUGUGCAAAUCGCAACGGAAUACUCUGGCUUCUCAGGCGCCGACAUCAAUAUGCGCAAAGGCGUCUACCCCUUCAUGAAGAAGGCCCCACUGACUCCAGGGUACUGCCUUGUCGGUAAGAUCACGGCGACUGGAGAAGGCGCAAAUGAAUUCCAACUAGGAGAGGUCGUCGCUGUGCUGACUAAGUACGACGCCGAGGCAACGCUCGUCAUUCAGCCGGAGAAGUACUGCAUCAAAGUUCCCGAUGGAGUCGACCACAAACAAGCUACAGCGCUCCUCUGCGAUUGGAACACAGGCUACAGCAUGGCGGUGCAUACAGCCAAGGUCUCCAAGGGUCAGCGGGUCUUUAUUCACGGUCUCAGCGGCGCCGUCGGCUACUCCCUUAUGUCCAUAUGCUUGCUACAAGGCGCCGAGAUCUAUGGCACUGCGAGCGAGCGGAACCACGAGGAACUAAGGAGCCGCAGCGCUCAUCCAUUCGUCUACACGAACAAGGACUGGAUCCAGGCUAUGAAGGAUCUCGGUGGCGCCCACGCUGUUUUUGAUCCGCUAGGCUAUGAUAGUUUUGAUGAGAGUUAUUCAAUUCUCGCCAAAGACGGCAUUCUCGUGGGUUUCGGGACCAACAAGGCAUCGCUCAAUGGAGGGGAAGGAAAUCCCGUCGGCUCUGUAGUGAAGAUGCUGGCGCGGGGCCUCAACCCCCUAUCUAGCAAGUCAACGACCUUCUUCGGAUUGUCACGAGGCAAUGCUCACUACGUCGAAAAUAUAAGAAGCCUUUUGAAUAUGGUCAAGACGGCAGAGAUAACUGUCCCUAUAAAGAAUGUCUGGGACAUGGAGGAUAUCCAGGCUGCUCAUCGAGAAUGGGGUAGUGGCCUUGGUACUGGAUCCUUUCUGAUCAAGGUCGCUAGGGACUAGAUUCAAGCGGAAGUGGCGAGAGCCACGAGAUUAUGAUAUAUAUUUUUUGUCUCAAGAUUCAAAGGAAUUGAGAAUCAAGAAGUUUAAAGUUUUUUUCAACAGAG